UAUCCAUUUUAGGCACUGCAACAGGUGUUGGUUUACCUAGCCCUAUUGUUGCUCAGAGUGAUCCUGUUGGUUUAGUUCCCUACCCAGCUGCCAUUCUUGAUACCACAAUAGCAGCCACUACUACUAUUAAUACGAUCACCAUUACCGGUAGCACUCCCAUUGGCUCAAUAGUGACUGGGUUUGUAGUCCACUGGAAGAGAAAUGCUUCUACCAGUUGCUCUGAUAGUGAUGAGGGAACUAUCAGUGUGGCAGCUGGUAGUUUUAUUAACUAUGUUAUAACUGGACUCGAGGAAGGGAGUUGGUAGCUACACAGUUACUGUGAGAACGUCUAACACGGCUGGUAAUAGUGCGCCUAGCAAUACCCACAGCUAUGACAUUGGAGACUGCACCAUCUGGACCUCUGACCUACCUGGCUAGUGGUACUAGCACGCAUGAUAGCAUAUCAGUGAAGUGACUUGUGUCGACCGAAAUGGAGAUGUAACAGGGUACAAACUCCGCAUUACAAGGACUGGGCAAGAAGAGAGGAUUGUUGACGUUAACGGUGACCGAAGGGAGGCAACUGUAUCUGGAGUGGCACCGUCUACUAACUAUUCAGUACAAGUGGCAGCAGUGAACAGUGCUGGUACUGGACCAUAUGGUGACGAAAUCACAGUUCAAACUGAGCAAUUCCAAGCUACACCCCCCCAUGAUGUGGAAGCAGUCCAGAAUGGUCCCACUAGUGUCCUAGUGUCUUGGAGUCCAUCCAGUGGUGCCACUGGCUACAUAAUCCACUAUGACAGUAGUGGAGGUCACAAUGGUAGUAUCAGUCUUAAUUCCUCAACUGACAACUUCGAAUUGACUGGUCUUAUGGAAGAAAACACAUACACAAUAUCUAUGUUUGCCAGCUCAGUAGACCUACCUAGCACAACCAUAGAGCUUCAAAUCAGAUUAAUCCCAGCUCCAGGACUGGUGUUGGUGUCAGUUAGCUCCAUAGCAGCCACCUACAUCUCCCUCUCCUGGAGUGUGUCCAGUGGGAUGGUGGCCAGUUGGGAGGUGGUCUGGAGACCCACUGACAGAGGCACUGAGAGCACCAGUGGUCCUCUGUCUGGCACUACCUACACCAUCCACCAGUUGGACCCCUCCACUAUCUAGACACUCACUGUCACAGCUACCAAUGUAGCUGGAGCAAAUACUAGUCUUCCCAUCAUCGUUUCUACUGUUCCAACCGUAGAAGAGAUCGUCAAGAGAGAGAAUAUUGAUGCCACAUGUUCCGAGACUCA